GUCUCACAACCUGCACAAUACAUCAUUCAUCUGUCUACGCGCUGCCACCACCUGCUUCGUUCCUCAUCGUCUUUCAUCUGCCAAACCCUGUCCUUGACCACCUCUUCUUCCUUUAUCAGGCCACUCCGCACCACUGAAAUCGCCUCGCCGCCUCGCCGCAUCAUCAGACCUUCGCACUUCUGCUCUACCUACAGCAACCUCAAGCCAUUCAGCCAUUUUCCACCAUUACUGGCACACAACCCGUGCUCUGACACGCUCGCCGAGCGCUUCCUCUCCCCGAUCCUCUAGCCAUGUCCGUCUCGGUCGCUGAGCUUGACGCCACCGUCAAGGCCUUUCAAGAAGGCAAAGGCGACCUACAGAAACAGGCUCAGCAAAAGCUCAACGAGUUCAAAUCCAAUCCAGAUGCCUGGUUGAUGGUCGAUAAGAUUUUGCAAGAGGCUACAUAUCUUCCCACAAAAUAUCUCGGUCUGCAGGUGCUUGACGAUGUCGUCAACACUCGUUGGAAGGUUCUCCCACGCGAACAAUGCUUGGGUAUCCGAAACUUCGUGGUCAACCAGAUCCUGUCCUCCUCAGAAACCGAAGAGUCUCUCAAGGCCAACAAGCUCUUCAUCAACAAACUCGAUCUAACUCUUGUCACCAUCCUCAAGCAAGAAUGGCCACACAACUGGCCCACCUUCAUCAAUGAGAUCAUCUCCGCCUGCCACACCGGCUUGUCCGUCUGUGAAAACAACAUGAGCAUCCUGCGUUUAUUGUCCGAAGAGGUCUUUGAUUUCUCCCAGGACCAAAUGACUUCGACAAAGGCUAAGAACCUCAAGACCACCAUGUGCGCCGAGUUCUCCUCCAUCUUCCAACUCUGCAAUGAAGUCCUCACCACCGCCAAUUCCAUUUCUCUCGUCAAGGCCACUCUGGAAACCCUCCUCCGUUUCCUCAAUUGGAUCCCCUUGGGCUUCAUCUUCGAGACCAAACUCAUCGAUACCCUCGUCUCGCGCUUCCUCGAAGUCGAUCAGUUCCGAAACAUCACCCUCAAGUGCUUGACCGAGAUUGGAGGCCUGCAACUUGGCCAACAAUACCAGUACGACGACAAGCUCGUCCAGAUGUUUACCGAAACAUUGACCGUCGUUGCGCGUACACUCCCUCUCGAAACCGAUUUCCGCGAUGCGUAUGCCAGGGCUGGGCCGAGAGAGCAGGAGUACAUUCUCAACCUCGCCAUCUUCCUUUGCAACUACUUCUCUGUCCAUCUCCAGACCAUUGAACGACUGCCAAAUACCGACUACCUCCUGCAUGGCCACUUCUACUUGAUCAAGAUCAGUCUGAUUGACGACCGAGAGAUCUUCAAGAUCUGCCUCGAAUAUUGGACAAAGUUGGUCCAGGAGCUGUACGAGGAGAUGCAGCAACUUCCCAUCAAUGAGAUCAACCCACUUGUGGCCAUGGGUGGAAGCACACUGUCCAACGGCGGUGCUCCACACCCCAGCACAUUGGCGAAUUAUCCCCUCCGUAAGCACAAAUAUGCUCAAGUCUUGUCCAGCCUUCGCUCCGUGAUGGUCGAGAAGAUGGUGCGUCCUGAAGAAGUGCUCAUCGUCGAGAAUGACGAAGGAGAGAUUGUACGUGAAUUCGUCAAGGAGAGUGAUACCAUUCAGCUGUACAAAACCACUCGUGAAUGCCUGGUCUAUCUCACCCACUUGGACGUCGUCGAUACCGAGAAUAUCAUGUCAGACAAGCUGCAGAGACAGGUGGAUGGCUCAGAAUGGUCCUGGAACAAUUGCAACACCCUAUGCUGGGCGAUCGGCUCGAUAUCUGGUGCCAUGAACGAAGAAACCGAGAAGCGCUUCUUGGUCACGGUAAUCAAGGAUCUCCUCGGUCUGACCGAAAUGAAGCGCGGCAAGGACAACAAGGCAGUCGUGGCCAGUAACAUCAUGUAUAUCGUGGGACAAUAUCCUCGAUUUCUCAAGGCUCAUUGGAAGUUUCUGAAGACAGUCGUCAAUAAGCUGUUCGAGUUCAUGCACGAGACCCACGAGGGCGUGCAAGAUAUGGCGUGCGACACAUUCAUCAAGAUCGCAAACAAGUGCAAGCGUCACUUUGUCGCUCUUCAACCUGGUGAGACAGAGCCAUUCAUUGACGAAAUUGUUCGCAACAUGCGCAAGAUCACCUGCGACUUGACCCCCCAGCAGAUCCAUACUUUCUACGAAGCUUGUGGCUACAUGAUUAGUGCCCAGGGCCAAAAGAGCGUGCAAGAUCGUCUGAUUGACAAUCUGAUGAGUCUUCCCAACCAGGCUUGGGAUUCAGUGAUCCAGCAAGCAAAUGCCGAUCCUUCGAUUUUACAAGACGCCGAUACGAUCAAGGUUGUGGGAAACAUCAUGAAGACCAACGUCGCAGCCUGCUCGUCUAUUGGAAGUUACUUCUAUUCUCAGAUCGGCCGGAUCUACCACGACAUGCUUAACAUGUACCGGGCUUCGAGUCAAUUGAUUUCUGACUCGGUGGCAUCAGGCGGUAAUGUCGCCACAAAGACGCCUAAAGUUCGAGGCCUGCGUACCAUCAAGAAGGAGAUUUUGAAGUUGGUCGACAUCUAUGUUCAAAAGGCCGAUGAUCUGCAAAUGGUCAAUGACAGCAUGGUGCCACCCUUAUUGGACGCCAUUCUCCUGGAUUACCAACGCAAUGUGCCAGAUGCGAGAGAUGCCGAGGUGUUGAGUGUCACCACUACAAUUAUCCACAAGCUACAUGUACGUUGGAGCCCCAAGCGAUCUCGGCACAUGGUCAGAGGCAGUGAUGCAAGGAAGGAAACAUUUGCUAACAGAUUGCAGAAUCUCAUGGAUGACAAGGUCUCGCCAAUUAUGGACAGCAUCUUUGAAUGUACCCUUGAAAUGAUCAACAAGGAUUUCCACGAAUACCCAGAGUUCCGAGUCGAAUUUUUCAAGUUGCUGCAAGCGAUCAACCUCUUCUGCUUCCCCGCUCUCCUGAAACUAGAUGGACGACAGUUCAAGUUUGUCAUUGACUCUUGCAUGUGGGCCAGCAAACACGACAACCGCGAAGUCGAAAACACCGGUCUCUCCAUGUGUCUUGAGCUCAUCAACAACAUGGCGGAGACCGAGCCUCAGACAGCAGGAAUCUUCUUCCAACAAUUCUACAUCUCCAUCCUCCAGGACGUGUUUUUCGUUCUUACAGACUCUGACCACAAGGCAGGGUUCAAGUCGCAGUGUAUGCUGUUGGCACGCAUGUUUCAAUUAGUGGAGCAGAACAAGAUCUCUCAGCCGCUGUAUCAGCCAGAUCAAGCAGCACCUGGAACUUCGAAUAAGCAGUACGUCAGCGACUUCACUGCACGACUCCUACAGAAUGCCUUUUCCAAUCUCAAGGAGGUCCAAAUUCAGCAUUUUGUUAAUGGCUUGUUUGCGCUGAAUGAGGAUGCUACCAAGUUCAAGACACACCUCCGAGACUUUUUGAUCUCACUAAAAGAGUUUGCGGAUGACAACGCCGAACUCUACGCAGAAGAGAGAGAACAGGAGAAGAAGAACAUGGCAGACGCUGAGCGCGAGAGGGCGAUGAAGGUCGGAGGCCUCAUCAAGCCAUCUGAAUUAGAUCAAGAUGAUGAGCUGUGACUAGAAGAAGAACUACGAACCGAGUUCGUGAAGCCUUCGGGAGAACAGCCGGAGGAACCGUCUGUCGCACACUAUGCUAUGGAGCAGCCCAGUCCACAAGACGAGUAUGAAGACGGAUGGCUGUUUUACAAGGUGUAAACAGAUGUGAUGUGACCGGGACGGGCCCAGCCGGGGCAGGACGGAGCACGGGAGAGGGGACGCCGCCCAUGGGCUCGGAUGCGAGCAGACGAGAGAUUACAUUGUAUGACGUGUUUCCUAUUUCUUCGGCCUUGUCAAGAUACCAUAAAAGUGCAAUUGGGCCAGGACUGAGCAUUGGGGCAAGUGGUGGAUGUCUAGGUAGAAACUUGCUGGGGUGCUGGUCAGAACAGGAGAUGACGACGCAGGUCAUCUCCUGACCAGACCUCUCAAGCAUGCAUAUGCAGUAAGACGUGAGAAAGGUUUAGAAUACAGCAAAGGUUCAAGACAGGAGAGAAUUGUAUCAGCAUUCAUCAUGUCUGGCCAUAAAUCAAUCAUGA